AUGGCGCUCAGCGUUGUGUCCACUUUAGCUCCUUUAAAAAACUAUUCCACUCUGAGAGAGUUCGUCCUAAAUAAUAGCUACACAUUACUCUUGCGCCCCUCCCUCCUCUCUAGUCCCUCCACAUUUGGACUAAAUUUCUUUGUCCUCACUCUUUCUAAUGAAUGUGUUGCUAGUAUAAUGGGAUUAGAGACAAGAGGAAUAGAGGAUAUGAGAUGCCUGUACCGACUUGCUGAAGAUUUAGGUUGA